AUGACGUCAGUUUUGGAUCAAAUGCGGACAACAACAAAAGUUGUUGCAGACUGCGUUGAUUUUGCAGCUAUAAAACUAUUUGGUGCCGUCGAUGCAACCACAAAUCCAUCAAUAUUAUUAGCGGCAUCCAAACUUUCUGAAUAUAAACCGUUUUUGGAUGAAGGUAUUGCAUAUGCAAGAAAACAUCAGUCUCUAAACUGUCGAGAAAUGCGCGCUUUGGCUAUGGACAAAAUCGCAGUUUUGUUAGGAAAAGAAGUACUGAGCGUUGUUCCAGGUCGAGUUUCAACAGAGGUCGAUGCAAGACUAGCAUUUGACAAAGAUGCCCAAGUUACAAAAGCUUUAGCGUUAAUAAAAUUAUAUGAAGAGGAAGGCAUCGCAAAAGAACGCAUUCUGAUCAAAAUACCUGCAUCUUGGGAAGGAAUCCAAGCAGCGCGAGUGCUCGAAAAUAAACAUGGUGUCCACUGCAAUAUGACAUUGUUGUUUAAUUUUUAUCAAGCCGUAGCAUGUGCUGAAGCAAAUGCAACGCUAAUAUCUCCGUUUGUUGGUCGCAUUCGUGACUGGUAUUUGAAAAAUGGCGACUCAAAAGAUUUUAGUCGUGACACAGAUCCUGGUGUUCAGAAUGUACGGAAAAUUUACACUUACUACAAAAAAUACGAUUACCAAACGGAAGUAAUGGCAGCUUCAUUUAGAAAUACGGAUGAAAUAAAGGGUUUAAUAGGCUGUGACCUAAUGACCAUCAGUGCUGCAUUACUAAAAGAUAUAUCAGAGGAUAAAGAAUCUGUUCCUGUGGUUCUCAGCCCGGAAAAAGCCAAACAAUCUAAUUUGCAAAAAAUUUCACUUACUGAAGCAAUGUUUCGAUUUGAAAUGAAUGAAGAUAAAAUGGCGGCAGACCUUUUGGCUGAUGGAAUUCGUCGCUUUGUUGCUGAUGCACGAGCAAUGGAAGCAUUGAUUGAAAAAGUUCUAUAA